GCUCGGCGGGCAGGGCCCCUCCCCUGGGCUGGAUCCGCCUCUCAUCCCCUAGAUAAAUUACUAGUGUCCUCACUAAAUUCCUCGGCUUUCUCGCUCUCUCUCCCGUUCUCUCACACACGCUCACUCCCUCCCUCCAACACAGGCAAAGCGGGGCUGGGGGGCGGUAUCGUGCCUUAGUGCCGGGGGGGGGGGGGCGGGAAGAGGAGAAAAAUACUGGCGCCCCUUCUCUCCUCCACCGCCUUGAAGUAGAUUUGAGGAGCUGCUCUUCCUCCCCCCACCCCUUCCCCCAUCCCGACGGUCCUUUGGCAUCUUCCAGACCAUGUCCACUGGGUCCCUCAGUGAUGUGGAAGAUCUGCAGGAGGUGGAGAUGCUGGAGUGCAAUGGCCUGAAAAUGGAUACUAACAAAGAGUUUGGGGCGUCCACCGAGAGCAACGAGGAGGGAUCCAAUGGCGAGAAUGGCUCCCCUCAGAAAGGGAGAGGGGCCUCGGGCAAGAGGAAGAAAGCUCCCCCCAAGAAGAGCCCUUUAAAUGGAGUGAGCCAAGAGGGAAAGCAGGUCCAGAGAAAUGCUGCCAACGCCAGAGAGAGGGCAAGAAUGAGGGUCCUUAGCAAAGCCUUCUCCAGGCUUAAGACCACCCUGCCCUGGGUGCCCCCAGACACCAAGCUUUCCAAACUGGACACCUUGAGGUUGGCCUCCAGCUACAUUGCUCACCUGAGGCAGAUCCUGGCCAAUGACAAGUACGAAAACGGCUACAUCCACCCAGUCAACCUGACUUGGCCUUUUAUGGUAGCCGGCAAACCCGAGAGUGACCUGAAAGAAGUGGUGAACACAAACCGCCUGUGCGGCCCGACGGCAUCCUGAGCCCCGGCGGCCGGUCCAGAAGAGACCCAGCGCGGCCGCGGAACGGGCGGCGGGGCGGGCGGGGACAGGCCGUGGCCCCACCGCUGCCCCGGGUCCCGCGCAGGACGACGGGGAGCGCCGCUCCCCGGCGCAGAGAAGACCGAAAUGUGCAAAGACUCCAACCCGAGAUAUGCCGACUCUAUUUAACUUUAUUAAAUGCGUGUACAGUCGCGUGCCCUGCACCAACAGCCUUGCUGGUUCAAGCGCUACUAAAGACAUAGUUCAAACAAAACCUACCACGCGUGUAUCUUUAGUCUGAGACCUGUGAGAUACGUGGAUGCCUAGAAAAACUGACUUUGACAGUCAUCUCUAUGGAAUAAUUCACCCUAAAGAUAUAUAGAUAUAUUUUCUUCAAGCAGGUUCUGCUCUGUUUCUGUGAAUAAACCUUCCUUUCCACUGAA